UUAAGACGGGAGCAAAAACACGACGACGUAGGGUUUUCAAAGAAAUUCGGUCUUCCAAUACCGAAACUUAUUUUUUCUUUCCUCAAUCAAGCAAUCGCUCAUCAUCAUCGUCGUCGCUUUCUCUUCUUGGUUUAUUGCCUCUUAUCCAAUCUCCAGAGAUUGAAUCAACGAGCGGCCAUCUCCGCAACUCUGUGGCUCGCAAUUCGCAACUCUGUAAAUAAGAUACUCCUCUCCCUCUGCGAUUAAGUUGUCAUUAAUCCCAAAUGGGCAAGAACGAUUUUCUCACGCCAAAAGCAAUCGCUAACAGAAUCAAAGCGAAAGGUCUCCAAAAGCUCAGAUGGUACUGUCAGAUGUGCCAGAAGCAGUGCCGCGAUGAGAACGGCUUCAAAUGCCAUUGUAUGAGUGAGAGCCAUCAACGUCAGAUGCAAAUCUUCGGUGAAAACCCUCACCGGAUUGUCGAGGGUUAUUCCGAGGAGUUCGAAAACACCUUCCUUGACAUGAUGCGGCGGAGCCACCGCUUUUCCCGUGUUGCUGCCACCGUCGUUUACAAUGAGUAUAUUCAUGAUAGGCAUCAUGUACAUAUGAACUCAACACAGUGGGCUACUUUGACUGAGUUUGUUAAGUACUUAGGUCGAACAGGUAAGUGUAAAGUUGAGGAGACGCCAAAAGGGUGGUUUAUUACUUAUAUUGAUAGGGAUUCAGAGACUAUUUUUAAGGAAAAAAUGAAGAAUAAAAGACUUAGAGCUGAUUUAGCUGAGGAGGAGAAGCAAGAAAGGGAAAUACAGAAACAGAUUGAGAAGGCUGAGCAAUUAUUGACAAAUGUUAGAAAUGUGGAUUCUGAGAAGGAAAAUAAUGAAGUAACAAUGGAGCCAGCUUCAAAAGAGUUAAAAAUGGAUGGUGGGGUUAAGAUUGGAUUUGUUCUUGGUUCAAAAACUAAUGUUAGUAAAGAAAAAGGAGAGACUUCUACUAGAUUGGUUUUUGAAGAAAAUGAAGAGAAGGAAAGGAAGAAUGCAAAAAAUAAAGAAAAUGGUAAUUUAGGUAAGAGUGGGAAAUCAGCAUUGGAGGAAUUGAUGAAAGAGGAAGAGAAGGCAAAGGAGAGGAGUAAUCGGAAGGAUUACUGGCUUUGUGAAGGGAUUAUCGUAAAGGUGAUGAGUAAGACAUUGGCAGAGAAAGGCUACUAUAAGCAGAAAGGAGUCGUGAGGAAAGUGAUUGACAAGUAUGUAGGGGAAAUUGAAAUGCUUGAGAAUAAGCAUGUAUUGAGAGUUGAUCAAGAAGAGCUCGAGACUGUUAUUCCACAGAUAGGGGGUCUUGUGAGGAUAAUUAAUGGAGCAUAUAGAGGAUCGAAUGCGAGGUUGUUGGGAGUGGAUACAGAGAAGUUUUGUGCCAAGGUGCAACUAGAGAAGGGGAUUUAUGAUGGACGAGUGCUCAAAGCUGUUGAGUAUGAGGACAUUUGCAAACUUGCUUAGUGAGUUUGAUUAUUAAAUGUUACUUUGGUAUCAGAAAUAUUCUUAGCUUUGUUGUUGUUCCUCAAAAUUUUUGAUCAUUUCUAGAAUCUCUGCUGAUGCAUCCUUUUAUCGUGUUGUAUCCUUCUAUUCUUGAUCAAUGAUCUAGAAACUGUUUAUAAAAGGACAUGAUUUGAGAAAGUCCUCUUAAGAGUUCAUUUAAUAUCACAUAGCUGUUGUGAGUUUGAUUCAA